CUCCCGACGCUGCUGCUGCUGCCGCCACCUCCUCCUCGUCCCCACCCCCACCCUCUCUCUCGCUCCCCAUCUCUCUCCCUCUCCGUCCCGUUCCCCCCUUGCCCCCGCCUCUCCCCGCCCUGCCGCCGCCGGCCCUGGCAGAGCAGGCACCGCAGGGGGAUCUCGAUGUAACACCAUGACAGGCAUCGCCGCCGCCUCCUUCUUCUCCAACGCCUGCAGGUUCGGGGGCUGCGGGCUUCACUUCCCAACCCUGGCAGAGCUCAUCGAGCACAUCGAGGACAACCACAUCGAUACAGACCCACGUGUAUUAGAGAAACAAGAACUUCAGCAGCCAACCUAUGUUGCUCUAAGUUACAUUAACAGAUUUAUGACUGAUGCAGCUCGACGUGAGCAGGAGUCUCUGAAGAAAAAGAUUCAGCCAAAGCUUUCUUUGACGUUGUCAAGCACAGUGUCCCGUGGGAAUGUAUCUACUCCACCUCGCCACAGCAGUGGAAGCCUUACUCCUCCAGUUACCCCUCCAAUCACUCCCUCCUCUUCAUUUCGCAGUAGUACUCCUACAGGUAGUGAAUAUGAUGAGGAGGAAGUAGACUAUGAAGAAUCAGACAGUGAUGAGUCCUGGACUACAGAAAGUGCUAUCAGCUCUGAAGCUAUCCUUAGUUCAAUGUGCAUGAAUGGAGGGGAUGAGAAACCUUUUGCCUGUCCUGUUCCUGGAUGUAAAAAAAGAUAUAAGAAUGUGAACGGUAUCAAGUACCACGCCAAGAACGGGCACAGGACGCAAAUCCGCGUACGCAAACCCUUCAAGUGUCGCUGUGGGAAGAGUUACAAGACAGCUCAGGGCCUGCGGCACCACACAAUCAAUUUCCACCCCCCCGUGUCUGCUGAGAUUAUCAGGAAGAUGCAGCAAUAACAUGCUGGUCACAAAUGUGCCAAGAAACCCUCACCAGCAGUUGCUGAUUUUGAGAACAGCCACCUUUUUCAGGGGAAGCAUUCAGCAACCCUUUAAAAAAAAAAAAAAAGGAAAUGCAUGCUUUAAAAUUUUCUGUAAUUUUGGAAUGAUGUUAUCUUUGUAGAGUUAAUGAUUUUGUACAUUUGCACAUGUAAUCAUCAUACCCAUUUUCGUUACUAUGAGAUAAGGUGCUAUAAAAGCUAUAGGUUCUUCAGAACAUUUUUCUCCGAAACAAAACAAAAAAACCUGGGGGGGGGGCGUUGCAUAUUUAGUUGUACUGAAGUGUUGAACAGGAGUGAGAGGAGAGCUUGGCACUGACAUCCUUUCAAGAUUGUAACGUGAUGAAGACUUUCAAUGCAUCUGUCAAUGUGUGUGCAAAACCAAAACAAUACCAUCCUCGUCAAACUAGAGUUAACAUGCCUUACAUAAUGGAGUUAUCAGUGGAGUAGCAAGUCUUUUAGGUAAUGGAAAUAUAAAUAAGAAAGAAUGUUUAACAUAAUAUGCUAAAAAUAUUUUCAUACUUAAAUAACAUACAUAAAAAGGUGUGCUUGCUGUAUUUUAUAUUAUCUUGCAAAUCUUUUUUUUUUUUCCCUCUUGAAAUGCUGAAAAUCUUGCCAUUCGAACUAGUAAACAAUCAUCUUAGUGUUAGAAAUUACCUUUUUUUUUUUUUUUGUACAAGAUGUCAUAUGAUGUUCAUGCCCAUCAAACUUUUGAGGACCAAUAUCCCAGUCCAACUAAAUAUUUACCCCUGAACUAUCUGUUAGAAAGACACUUGGAAAUACUUAAGUGCAAAUUUGUGUGUGUGUGAGAAACAAUUAUCUUCAUCUCCGAUGAAGUUUUAAAGCACUUUGUAGUUCUCUAUUGCCAACAGAUUUAAUGUUUUUAUGUGUUGCCAAUUCUUGCAGCUACUGCACACGCAUGUGCCUGUGGUUGCAAAUAAAAAUUAAAAAUUCUACACAUGGUUUAAGGAGGUCCAUUAUUUGUGCUAAGGGAGUUUCUAUUGCCUCUCCCUCAUGUUCAUUGUAUUUUGAGAUUUUUUUCUUUGCUCAUUUUUUUGGUCGUUUCCUUCUCAUUGUAGGUCACUGCAUUCCAUUUGGAAGUGUCUGUUUAGCUUUACAGUUAGUUUUGCAGAAAUACAACAUAUGAGCCUUACUGAAGAUUUUUUAAGUGCUUCUUGCAGCAGGUUGUCAGAGACCGACUUCAAAGCCAACGUGGGAGCACUUCAUGUCUGGACCAUUCCUGAACAUCCCUUGCUUACCUCCUGCCUUGACUCGGCUUCUCUCCCAAGUGCUGUUCCUGGAGGUGAGCUGGCAGGGAGGGAUGAGGGGCACCCCCUGCCUUGCCCCAGCCCCCAAAUACUUUUUUACACAGUGGAGGGUUAGAGGAGCUCACUGCCUUCAACUCUGUGAUCACCUGUGCUUUGUUGUGUCAAAAAAAAAAAAAAAAAAAAAAGCAAACCUCCAAAGCAAGCUCAGGUAAAGCAGGAAUGAGCUUUCCCUCCAUUUCCUCCCCACCCCUCCCAAAGCUUUAAAGAAAACCUUGGUGAGGAUGACAAUUUUACCUAUUUUUUUCCAACAGAGUAAAAUUCUCACCAAUUACAACACACAGCUCUGCUGUCCCAGUGCAUAAUAAGCAUUUCAGACAGGACAUCACCGUUUCAAACCUGAGGGAGGUGGCUGCCCUUGCACCCUGCAGUGCUGCCAGCCAGGGGUAAGGGAUGAUCCAGACACGGAGAGCUCCUGGCACACACCAGGCCCAGGUGGCUGCUUCCCACCUUCUGCAGUUUUGGCAACAGAUGUGGCCAACAAAUAAGGUUUGGCUCUGCUCCUAGUGCAAGAAACCACAGGCUGGGUAAGUUUGUUUGACAGCUAAACAGUUGUAAAACGUCAUUGUUGCAUGUAAAUUCCUUUCAACUACAAGAAAGAAA